AUGGAGAUCGGACUGGCAGCGUUGGUGUCAACUGAGCCGUCUUACUCCUAUUCAAACUCCGCGUCAUCGUCGGGGGUUCUUCGCCGGGUUCAAUGGACGCCGGAAGUAGUUACAAAACUAUUCCAUCCCUGUUCAGGCAGUUUUGUCGCAGCCAUGAGACAUUUAAUGACUAUGAUUAAGGUUGCUUUCCUUCUGGUCAUUGAACUUCGGGUUUUCCCCUUGAUGUGCGGUUGGUGGCUGGAUGUUUGUACCGUAAGAAUGUUUGGAAAGUCAAUGUCGCAAAGAGUUGAGUUCUUUUCACUCUUCCCACUGGCAAGCUCUUUGGUUCAUUGGAUUGUCGGAAUUGUUUACAUGCUGCAAAUAAGUGUCUUUGUCAGCCUCCUUCAAGGGGUAGUACGUAGUGGAGUUAUAUACUUUCUUCGAGAUCCAGCUGAUCCUCGUUACAAUCCAUUCCGUGACUUGAUUGAUGAUCCUCUGCAUAGGCAUGCCCGUAGAAUUUGUUGUCUGUUGCUGUUUAUGGGAGUUUGA